AUGGAUGCUACGCUCUCUGCCGAGCUCUCGGCCUUCCGAGACUUCUGUAUACACGAAGGACGCGAUAUAGUGACGAGUGUCGUUAGCGCUGAGAUGCCUUUUGCAGAUGGCCAGCAACAAGACCAACUCGAAGACUUUACACGACAGGUUUUCCAGAGAAGCAUUGAACAACUGUUCCUGCAGUGGCAGAGUAGGCCUCGUCCUGUCACUAGCCAGCCAGUCGUGGCCACUCAAGCCACGCUUCCUCCGACUCCUCCUUCCACCUUCAUUCACGACUUGAAUGAUAUGGCGAUCAAUGACGGCUUUACGAUGACCGACGAGGAGCCUCUACUGCCGCCGUCGCAGCAAUUUCCUGACCUCGACAUGCCAUGGAUGACUCCUGAGCUUCAGCAGAACACCGAGGAUCAACAGCAACAGCAGCAGUUACAACAGCAGUAUAUGUAUUUUGGAGAGGUUCCCCCUGUGAACCAAAUCCAGCAACAGUUCUGGAAUGAUUAUGGAGUAUUGGAUGGGAUGGGUGGUUGGUCUGGUUGA